CAGAUAAGUAUAGAGUAGCGAAUUCGUUUCGCUGUUUACACUUCAGUCGUGUCCGAGAGUUCGUAGAGGGUGGUCGUGUAAUAUGGUGUUCAGUGAUUAGUUAUUAAAAUCUUAAAUUAUUUUAAGUCGACGUCGACUUUGUUAGGUGUUUUAGGAAAUAUAUAAGUACAACAAAUAGGCCAAAAUGUGUCCCAUUUGGCCUCUGCACUUGAUAAUCCUGUACCUUCUGGCACUAUGUCCCCUGUGGGUCAUUUGCCAGGCAGUGCCAGACCUGACUGCCACAUUCAUGCCAGCUAAUCUGACUGUCAACAUGAACGAGUAUGAAUAUAUCGACUUUACUGUUACUGGAACGGGAAUGCAGGCAGGAGACCAAUUCACGUUGUCGACGUUAAAUUCACACUUAGCGGCAGCCGAUUGGAAUGCAACACAGUUAACGGAUGAACAUGUUCAAAGCAGUACUUUUAGAGGCAGAAUGAAGGUCACUGGGAAGUUCUUAGGCAGAACAAAUGUAACUUUACAAGCACGCCGCGGUACCGACAGCUACCCAGUGAAGAAUGGCUUCCCGGUCAUCGUAGUCAGGCCUGAAAGGGUCAUAGACACGAUAUUCGUUUCCUCUGUCGCCACAUUUGUAUCGCUGAUCUUCAUAAACUUCGGUUGUGCUAUGCACUGGCCUACGGUGAAAAAUGUACUCAAAAGACCAAUAGGACCGCUUAUAGGAAUGUGUGGUCAGUUCCUGUUCAUGCCACUGAUGUCAUUCGGUCUAGGUUUCCUAAUAUUCCCGAACAACCCAGCCAUGCGUUUGGGCAUGUUCUUCACGGGAGUCGCGCCCGGCGGUGGUGCUUCAAAUAUUUGGACUUUCAUAUUGGGAGGAAACCUUAAUUUGUCACUUGCUAUGACUUCAAUCUCUACUUUGGCGUCUUUCGGUUUCAUGCCAAUGUGGCUAUUCUCCCUCGGCCAAGUGGUAUUCCGGAACGCGCAAAUAGUGGUUCCUUACAUGCGUAUAGCAACCUUCGUGAUCGGUCUACUAGUACCUCUGGGCAUAGGGCUGGCCAUGCAACGUUUCACUCCUAAGAUUGCGGCCUUCAUGGUGCGAAUCCUCAAAGGGUUCUCGACAACCCUAUUGCUGUUCAUCAUUGUCUUUGCUAUAGUGACGAAUUUGUAUAUCUUCGAGUUGUUCACUUGGGAGAUCAUAGUAGCCGGCAUGGGUAUCCCAUGGCUGGGCUACUGCUUCGGCUACGCGGCGGCGCGAGUGUGCCGGCAGCCACAUGAAGACGCACUGGCCAUCUCUAUAGAGACCGGUAUUCAGAACACUGGUAUUGCCAUCUUUUUGCUCCGGUAUGCUCUUGGACAGCCUGAGGCUGAUCUUACUACAGUGGUACCCGUGUCAUGUGCCAUCAUGACUCCAAUUCCUAUGACUUGCAUCUACAUCUACCAGAAGAUAAAAGCUUGUAUGGGAGCUUUAUCAACCGAAGAAAACACAAGAAAAUGCUGGAAGAAGACAUCACCCCCCGAGGAGAUUCGCCACAGCCCGCAAUCAUCUCAACCGCUGAUCUUUACGGGAAAUCCGGAAAAGGUCUAGAUCCGGACGUCAAAACGGAUCUGGGCAAUGACAACCCGGAGGCCGGGGUGUCGGUAGCCAACUAAUAUGUAUAGCAAGAUAACUUUUAAACAAAGUAAUGAGUGAGAAGUUUAGAAGUUAUUCGUUCUUUAAAAGAUAUUAUGAAUGUUUUAUUUUUAUUUAAAGUUUUAAUUAAUUUAAUUUAUGCUGUUAUUAUGUCCUGCCAUAGACAAUAAAAGUGUGGGUAAUUUCGUUGGAAGAAAAUAAUACGUAACUUGCUGAGGUAUUAAAGUUUUGUUGAUCGUGAAAUGGAAUGCAGAUAAAGCAAUUUGGAACUCAGUGUUACCAGUAAAUAUUAGAACAUAUCUUGCCAUAUACAAAAAAAUGGCGCCGAGUAAUCUUGGUAUACGUAUUUUUACGCUACAAAUAGAAUAUUUUUUAAUCUUUAAUAUCUUGAAUGUCAAUUUAUUUUUUAUGGGUGCUCUAUUACACAUCCUCUUGGAACUUUUCUAAGCGCAUUAUUAUGCAGUUUUGGAGAACUUAAUGAUUUUAUUUAAAUUAUUUAUUGUUGUACGGGCCUUCAUAUGUUUUGGCGCCGUACAUUUAUUUUUUAAAGAUUAUCGCACAUUGUUGGCUACGAGAAUGGAAGAAAUAAAACUGUUUUAUUUUUCGAAACUUUUUUUCGUAUUCCGAUAAUGUGUGCGAAUCUUAACUGACCUUUGUCAAUAUAUGGAAGGAUUUCACCUAUAAAAUUGUAUGUCACUCGAACAAAGUCUUUUUAUAAUUAUUUUCUUCUUCAUUAUUAUUUUUGCAAUAAUGCACCUACACGGUUAGGGGUACAAUGUGCUUAAUUUCGCAUGCGUUUGAGGUGCUGCCAGAUGGAAAAAUGUAACUAGAAUGGUAGAAUUGUUCUUGCUUCAAAUAGAAAAGGUAAUUUUGUACGUUAAAACUGUUAAUUUUAUAUUUUAUCACUGUCAUCAUGCAUUUGUAUUUUUGUUAAUUGUUAAAAUAAAUCUCAACCAUCUGGCAACCCUGUGUGGUAGAAAUAGUAUUUGUCGCUUAUUUUGUCAAUUCUUUUUAUUUUUGCUUUUUGUAUUAAUACGAUCUCCGUUCGUAUAUACUGUCGGUGACUUUCGCAACUCGUUUAUAGGUGAAACAGAUGUGAAACAAGGCUGUCGUUGGUUUAAAAUGUUUGUUAUGAGAUCAGUAUUGCGUUAAGUUAUGUGAGAUCAUUAUGUUAAGAAUCUAAUACAAACGUUUUUCAUGAACAA